ACAGGUCAUCAAGGCCCAGAUCUGAUCAGGACCGUCUCUCACCUGGGACCAAGCCUCUGUUUCCCCUCUGGUUUUUUCUGUCUGGAGGAGAAGGGUGUGGGCUCCAGCGUCAUUCCAGGGCUGGGAUCGUGGACUUCCCCAAACUGAGGCAGUCGCAGUGACCUGAGCGAGGGAGGAGAAGACGGCGUCAGCUCUGCGCCUCCAACUUUUUCCUGCACUGUUACUGGACUGUGAAGCCCGGACCGGGAGCCAUGGAGCGGCGCUGCGCACUUUUCACGCUCCUGCUGAACGUGCUGCUCUCGGACGCGUCCCCUUCUUCCUACGACUUGUUCCACGGAGCGGCGCACACUGGAGCGCUGCACAGACACAGAAACAGGAACUGGUGCGCGUAUGUCGUGCACAGGAACGUGAGUUGCGCCGUGCAGGGCAGCAUCGAGAGUUUCCAGGAGCCGGUGGUGGCCCCCUGCCCUCCAUACCAGUCCAGCUGCCAGCAACAAGUCACAUAUACAACCCGAUUCCGGCCAACGUACAAAAUCGCUUUCAAGAAAGUGACAGAGCUGGAGUGGAGAUGCUGCCCAGGCUACGGAGGUCCAGACUGUAAAGACUCAAAGCCUGUUCCAGACCGACCGGUGGUCCACGGAUCGCAGCCAUACAUCCCGGGAUACACGCCCAGACACACCCAGAGACCGGAGCGAAGAGAGACGGGCCACCACGAGAGCAGGCAUGAGGGGGCUGAUAAAGUCCGUCUCCUGGAAGGGGAAGUCCGGCGUUUAUCUCAGACGGUGUUGGAUCUACAGUCCGAUUUGACCAGACUAACAUCCGCCCUCCGGACGGACCUGCAGGAAGACACGAGGAAGAUGUUAGUCACCCUUUUCAACAACAUGCAACCUCCGGACAACGCUGUGGGGGGGGGCACUGGGGACAGUCCUGCGGUUCUGGACGGGCACCAGGCAGCCAGAAGCGGGAUCGCUGGAGACAAGACGGUGGAAAAGAUCGUCGCACGGCUGGAUGAGAUCAACAACGUGCUGAAAGACAAGGAGGAAGCCAUGGAGGACCUGAGAGGAACGAUGAGCAGUCACGAGGGACAGAUCCGUGUCCUGAUGGAGGCGUCGCAGUCUCAGAACCCGGCCAUCCUCGACAUCGACGUGAUCAACAGUUACAUCGAUGGGAAGUUCGAGAAGCUCAAGAAGGAGUUGGACCAGAACGUGAACGAGCAGAUGGCCAAAAUACAGGGCUCCUGCACCGACAAGCUCCAGAGCCUGCAGAAGAAGUGCGAGGACAGUCGCGAUCAAGGUUUGGUCAGCCUCACCAAACUGGUGGACAACAAGGAGGCGGACCUCAGGCAGGAGAUCCAGGCGCUGCGUCUGGACAUGGCUGCUUCAGACGGGCCCGUCCGCACUCAGAGGCAGACCGACCCCACACAGACGAAGGAGGACGGCGACCACACCGACCUGUGGCGCGAGAUCGACCGCAUCGCCGAGGCCCACCGCAUCCUCAACGUGCGCAUCGACAACGAGUUGGCGCAUCUGUCAUCCCCCCAGGUGGACAGAGACUUCACUCUGCUGAUCGAAGAGUUGGACGCGCGGAUGAACGUCACCGAGCAGAACGCCGAGACGCACUGCUUCUAUGUGGAGGAGAAACUGAGCCGCAGCAUUGACGACGAAGUGGCUAAACUUCGGAUGCUCCUGGGCGAACGUCUGGACGCCGUGGAGGACCAGUUCACCAACAUGCUGGUGGAAAUAAGCAACAACUCCCUACCAGGAGCGCUAGGGGGCACAGUGGAUGCCAUUCAAGCGGAUGUCAACAACAACAAGCUCCUCCUGCAAGGUUUGGACGAUAAAGUCAACACCGUUGGCGAGUUGUGCUCGGCGGGAUGUUCCACCUCAGCGGGCGAAGGAGGCUCUGCGCUGGGAUCGAGGGGUCUGGAAAACAUCUGGAGGGAUUUGAGUCAGCACAGGAAUGAGCUGGUGGAUCUGCACAAGGACGUCAGCGCCAACUCAGACAAGCUGAAGAAACUUGAGGACCGAGUGGAGCAGCAGGCAGCUGUUGGUGUGCGACUCUCUGGGAAGAUGGACGACUUCCAGAACGGCCUCGCUGACCUCCGGGCUAGUGUUCCCGGAGAACAACCAAGGAAUCCUGCGCCGGUCCUCACAGUGUCAGGCGGCAUCACCAGCCCUCAAGUGGAGGAGUUGAAGAAGCAAGUCGACGCUCUCAGCGCACGGAUGUUGUCAGAACUGCAUCAGUGCGAGCAAAAGAGUCGCGGCGCCUCUGACAGCGUCGCGGCGCUCGACGGACGCGUCGCCAGACUUGAAAAGGUGUGCGGGAGGUUGGAUGAGGUCUCCGCUAACGUUCAGAAGCUGAAAGACAACCUGGAGAAGAACGUGGGCGGGCUCCAGGUCUGCGUGGACAAGAUGAACGUCACCUGCGGGAACCACAGCGCUGACAUCAUGGCCCUGCAGAACUACGUGCAGCAGCUGCAGGCUGUGGUGUCUGCGCUCGCCAAACAGGCGUCAAAAGACGGAUCGUCCGCAGAGCCAGGACUGACCCAGAGACCGGACCGUCCCGCUUCAACGCCAAACUGGGCGAGACCAAUCCACAUCCCCGUGAUCAUUCCCCCUCCAGCGUCCCAACCCAGACAGCCCCCUAGUGGCAGUCAGCCAGCGCCGCCCAUCACCCACACCAUCAAGAUCACCCCGCCCAAACUGGGCGAAAGCUCCCAGCAGCCGCCCCAGAACGGCCCGCCUCUGGUCCCGCUGAGGCCGGUGGUGGAGACCGGGGAGGCGGGACCACCCGGCUUCAUACGCAGGGUAACGGUGAGGCGAGGGUCCGAGGACUCGUCCAGCAUGCCGGUGCAAGGCUUCGCCGGAGCGCCAGGUUAUCCUCCAGCGCAGCCGGUCGCCUACAGGCCUCGACCAACACGCCACCAAGAAGCAGUUGCAGCUAAAGUGCCUUGGAACCUUCAGGCGCCGAUGGUGACCCCAGUUUCAGUGGACGACAGCGCCUUUGCAGACCCGUUCUCCUUCUCGGCCGGACACACGCUACACCGCAUCUACGGAGACUUGGGCGUGAUUCGCUUCAACAGGGUUCUGGUCAACGACGGCGGACACUACAGCCCCCACACUGGUCUCUUCACUGUACCUCUGGACGGACGGUACCUGAUCUCAGGUGUGCUCACGGCGAAACCAGGUGACCGCGUGGAAGCCGUUCUGUCAGUGUCCAACCGCAGCGUCCAGCGGCUACAGAGCUCAGCGAGGUCCCCUGCUGGUCGGCCCGGCUGCGGCUGCGGAGGUUCUGUAUCCUUCAGUCUCAUCCUGCCGCUGAGGAAGGGCGAGCGGGUGGGCUUGCUGAGGACGGGCGGGCAGCUGGCCACCAGCGACGCCCUGGAGAUCGUCUCCACCUUCAGCGCCCUCUUCCUGUACGCCCCGCAGGCCAGGAGCUAGCCGCCGCCGCCACAGAGACUAGUGCGUUUCCACCCGACAAAGACUCACAAGAAUGUGGAGGAGACUUGAGUUUUCACCAAAAAAUGUGACGCCGAGCUGAUGCCGCUCGGUUACGCCGAAUCGUUGAAGUGGAUUCAGAAGUCCCUUUUUGUUGAUAAUAUAUUUGAUAAUCACCUUUUGUAUCUAUUGUAAAUGCAUUAAAGUGUCUAUAAAUUUAGAAGUGAUUUUUGAUCACCUCUAAU